ACAACCAACCAUUUGACACACUAUGUCAAACUUUAUCUUUUUCUCUGCAAAUCAGCCAUAGCCUUAGUUUUCGGAGCUCUCACUAAACCUCCAUAGGAGUAGGUCUAAUUAACUUAGUUUGUCCCCAAAAAUCCAUCAAAAACAUCAAACACCCUCGUUCGAACAUUGUUCGGAGAGGAGUGAACCGUGUUAUUAAUCGUUGUUCAAGAAGUCAAGGUGCAAAUCAUUUAAUUCAAACACCAGUUUUUCCUCGUCAGAAAACAAAUUGGCACACCUGGUGGGACAAUUUGUGUUUGAUUUGAUGGCUCCACGACAAAGAGAACAAGAAGGUGAUCUUUCACAUGGUUUUGUAAUAGAGCUAGUUGCCAGGUCUGAUCUUGGCCAAUUAGCAAAAAGUGACGUCGGAAACAAUGGUGAGGCAAGAGGUCAGCCAUCACCGGCGCCAUGUUUGGGUGUAACCGCCACCACCUUGUCUCUCCAUCAGUCACUGGUGGUAGAGAUAUAAUUAAUGGAGGAGGCUAUGGUGGGAUACACAAAACAAAUUGUAUCUCAACUUGAUAGUUUCCAUACUCGUCUAAAUCGACGUUUAGAUCAACUGGAUGAGAUAUGCGAGAUAAAUGAAAGUAUUUGUAAGAAGUUUCACCAACUUUUGAUGAAACCAGAGUUAAGAUCAAAGGUUUUGGCGAAAGAUGGUGUAGAUCCACCAUCAAGCAUUGCUACUAGGGAUACAAAUGUUCUAGACUCUGGUGGCCGGACUACCCAGUCGUCAGAGAAAUCAUCGUCUUCGAUGAAAGGUGAACGACCUCUUCAAAGUGGUGGUUAUGGAAAGAAUCUCACCCACGUGGAGCAACCGCUUGUGCAGGUAGUUACACAAGAAAAUUUCUUGGUGUCAAGAUCAUGUAUGACACCUCGUAAUGGGAAGGGUAGUGGAGAUCCAGUCAAUUUGGAUCAACUACCACCACAAACUUGCCCACCCUCAUUGCCACCCCUGCUUAAUGGGUAUGGUGGAUGCAAACUGCCUAGGGGACAGGAAGGAGGACACGGAAGCCUACCACCUGACAAGUUGAAGGUGAAGUGUCAAGCUGGGGGGCAAGUUGACGUCAAGAAAAUUGAACAAAAGGGUGUGUCCAACAGAACACCAUAUUUGUUGUCCAAGGAUGGCACGGGGGGCAUGUCACCAACCACAAACAAUAGACAGAUAGACGUGCCCAAGAAACCACAACAAACUCAAGCCACACAUGCUUGUAGUAAGCAUGAUAGUGUAGCUAAGGAUGGAAUGGGGGGGCAUGUCAUCAAUCACAAGCAGUAGGUUGACAGUUGUGCCCAACAAGCCACAACAAGCCCAAGUCACAUGUGUUUCCAGCAAGAAUGGUGGUUUAGCCAAGUGUGGCAAGGGGGCAUGUUAGUAACCAUGAGUAAUGGCAUGGGGGCCAUGUCUCCAGAUCCACGCAGUGGACAAGGGGGCAUGUCAUCAAAUGUGAAGAAAUGCGUGAGGGCCAA